UCAGACACACUCUGGCUGGCUGGCCACAAAGGAGGAUUACUUAUUUACUGGGGAUAUAUAACCUGCUAAGCAUGGCUCCUUGCAACAGGAUUGAGGAGGACUUGGACCACCACAUGGGCAAAGAUACAAGAAAGCUGAGGAAGCCCGUCAUUGAGAAGCUGAGGCGAGACCGUAUUAACAGCAGCAUCGAGCAACUGCGGCUCUUACUGGAGAAAGAGUUCCAGAAAAACCAACUUCCCUCCAAACCGGAGAAGGCCGACAUACUGGAGAUGACUGUCAGUUUACUAAGAGAUCAGCUCCACAGGGCAACGAAAGCCAUGGCUCCCUGCAAACCAGCUUUCCCAUCAUCGAUGAAGGAAGCGAGCUUUCCUCCAAAUAACAAAUACUCAGCUCUACCAGAGGGCUUCUGGAGUGAGCCCAACAAAUUGAGGUCCACAAAAGAGAACGUCUGUCAUCCCCUCGCCAACUUUAACCAAGGAGGCAAACAGGCAGCUCAGGCUUGCAACGCAGAAGAUUUGUGGCGGCCAUGGUGAACAAAAUGGCCGCCCUUUGGCCUGUUUUCUACAUUGAGCAACUAAUUAUCAGGUCUUACAAAAAAAAACUUACAAGAAUUUUUUUUCUAAAGACUACAAAAAGAAGGAGAGAAUCUUCGCAUCUAAAGUCUUCCAAGACAGCUAAUUAUUUUUUCAUUCGAAUUUUUAUAUAUUUAUAUAUUGUUGGGUUUUUAUUUCUCACAAGGACACAAUUGUGUGUUAUACACACGCUACUUAUUUUGUACACAGACGUUGCGACCAAGAACUGGAGCAUUUCCAAGAAUCAUGGCUGGGUCCUUGUAUCUUCGAGCGUCUAAAGAGAUCGCCAGUAAAGCGUCUUUAUAAUUCAGAAAAAUUAAGCAGAAUUUUACGCCUCUUGUAUCGCCUUAUCCAUCAAGCAUCGGCGUCUUACGUAGAUAUUAUUUCUUCUAACGUUUGACCCAAAGUUUGAAUCAAAUGUUAAUUUGGUAAAACAGGAUGGCGCUCUCGGGGCUCCUGCUUACAUUGCGAACGUGUUUUGUAAAUGAAGAGUGCGUCCUUUGUCUAUGUUUUGGGUGAACAGAAAGGAGCGUGGUGCUUUUUUUUUUUUUUUUGACAUGCAGAUGAAGCCAUUUCCCUUCAGAGAAGGACCGCACGCUCAUCUCAUGUCUCAUCCGAUUAAUAUGUGUUGGGAAGUUUUGGCAAAGGUGCUGAAAUCGAAAGUUCUUUUCUGAGAAAAGUGUUUGUUUUUGUUUGUUUGUUUGUUUGUUUUUGAAAAUGUGUUUUUUUUUUAUGUUUUUUGUUCUGCUUUUGCACCUUUUUUGAAUGGCAAUAUAUACAAAAAGGUGAUCAAUAAAUUCUUUUUGUAAAAAGUCA